AUGAAAACUUGUCUCAUAACAAGCGUUUUACUCAUACCCAUAGUGAUUUUAACAUUUAGACAACUACAAGAAGAAACCAAAACAAAGACUACGUGCGAUCGCAUUGAAGAGGCUGGCUACUCGUGCAAAACUUAUGACAUUAUUACCCAAGAUGGCUAUGGCCUCCAGGUGUUUCGGGUAGGAAAUUCUACAGGGACUACCGAAGCGGCUCCUGCUGUUUUGCUUAUGCAUGGCUUAUCCAGUUGCUCUGAUGCCUGGGUCAUAGAGGGCCUACCGAAUCCCCUGGCCUAUGAAUUGGUUGAUCAGGGCUAUGAUGUUUGGCUGGGCAAUAGUCGAGGUAAUACCUAUGGCAGCCGUCACUUGAAUAUGACCCCCGACGAUAGACAGUUCUGGCGUUUCUCGUUUCACGAAAUCGGUACCAUUGAUCUACCACAAACCAUUGACUUUAUUUUGGAGCAAACCCAGCAGACGGCACUUCACUAUGUAGGCCAUUCUCAGGGCAGCACCAUAGCCUUUGUUUUGCUCAGCAUGCGGCCGGAGUAUAAUGAAAAAUUCAAAUCUUUGACUAUGCUGGCCCAGGCGGUAUAUGUGUCUCACAUCAAGUCAUUGGUGGCCAAAUACAGUUCAAUUUUUGUAGGCAAAUAUACUCCCUUGCAAUCGUUCAUUGGAGAUACGGCGUUUUUUGGACAACCCAUAUUGCGGCAACUUUUGGGUUUUGAGAAUUGCCGCAGCAAAGAUGCCAAUCCAAAGUUAUGUGCCUUUCUGAUACAGCUGGUAUUUGGAGGAAACUCGGCCUAUCUGGAGAAGGCUCUUUUACCAAACAUUUUUAAUACCCAUCCCUCCACCUCCUCGAUGCAUCAACUGAUUCAUUUCGUUCAAAUGUAUACCUCACAACAAUUUCGCCAAUACGACGUUGGGCCUGAGGGCAAUUUGAAGCGCUACAAUCAAUCCACACCACCCGAAUACGAUUUGUCAAAUGUGAAUCCCCGAUUUCCCAUACAUUUAUUUUACAGCGACUACGAUGAGCUAUCCUCCAAAACAGAUGCCGAAAAUCUUAGUCAAGUUUUGGGCAAUAAAAGUGUAUCGCAUUUUAUUGAUUUGGAACAGUUUGCUCAUAUGGAUUUUGUGUGGGCCUCCAAUAUCAAGCAGGUCAUCAAUCAACCCGUUAUCGAAAUCAUCAAUGAAGUAGAAAAUUUUCUGCGAAAUGAGGUGAAAGAUUCUUUACAAUCUAUAGAAGUUAGAUGA